AUGGUCUCCUUCAGCCUCACCUCGGCCCUCGUGGCUGCCUCCAUGGUCAUGGCCGUCUCUGCCGACUCGGGCACCAAGACCAUCAAGAACCCCAUUACAACACCCACCGUCACGCUGCCCGCCAGCGCCAUGACAAGCGUCGGCUGCUUCGCGACAGGCAUACCCCUCGAGAACCACGGCCCUUACAACUUCCAGUCGCCCGGUAACUGCCAGCUGGUAUGUCUGCAGCUCGACAAGAACGUCAUGGGCUUGUCCGACGGUGAAAACUGUUGGUGCGGAGACGAAAUCCCUGCAAAGGCAUGGCAGGUCAAGAACGAGACAUGCAGCACCACAUGUUCUGGUGACGACACCACUGGCUGUGGUGGUAAAGAUCUUCUGUGGGUUGUGCUCACAGGCAACACAAGGAAUUCCGUCGACUACUUCCAGCCAUCAUCAUCAUCAUCCAUCAGCAGCUCCAUCGCACCAAAGACAUCCAGCACCCAGGCAACAUCUUCCGAAACCCCCACGGCCACUGCCACGCCAAGUGCUGCGCCUGUGCAAAACGACAAACCCAACACAGUCGCCAUCGCCGUCGGUGUGGUUGUCGGCAUACUCGCCCUGUCGGCAAUCCUGUUCGGUGUAUGGUUCUUGUUGCGCCGGAAGCGUCAGCAGCAGGCUGAAGAGGAUUACCGCCGCAACGCCGCCAAUGCGAAUGCCUUUGUUGGCAGCGGCAAGCUGCACACCAGCAACUCGUCCAUGAACGACUCCCGCCUGGACCCCAGCUUCAUGGACCGAAGGCAGAGCAACGGCAGCAUCGCAGACAACGAGGACUACUCGAGGCGGAUAUUGAAGGUAUAA